AUGGCGGACAGAAGGAGACAACACCAUCGCAACUUGAUAUUCAAUGAUGUGAAUCAAGAUCUUCAAACUUUACAAAACAUUUGGCCUCGUCUUAGCACCAACAUCCAAACGUUGCUCGAGGACUUUACACUACACCAGACUGAACAACAUUCGAGUCAGAAACAACCAUCAAUGCCAUCAACAUCCUUCUCUCACGGUGGUAAUCGACCUCAUCAGUCGACAUUACCGUUGGCGUUGGCUGACACAUACUUAAUCGACACCAGAGACGACGAUGAUGACGACGAUUACGUAGCGCAACGAGAGCCAAAACGUCCACGCCUUAUGUCUCCCCAUGCCAACAACCAAUAUAGUCGUCCAAUCAUUCCUCUUCAGCAACCUCGACAACAACAAAAACGAAGCAGUGCACUUCCGUCGUCUGUUCCGUCUAUUCAACAGGGAGGUGGGAAUAUAGAAAUGGUUUCCUACGAACCUGACAUUGGUAAAGCACUUACGAGCACUCCUCCUGUAAACUAUCAUCCGCGCGACCGGCUGGAGAUGAAAUCUCUAACUACGCAACGACAAUUGCCGAUCUCAUCGUCGUCAACCUACAAUAUUCAUCAAUACAGCAUGAUGCAAAUUGAACAUGUCCCAACCAAGAAUAGAAAUCGCUCUUCUUCAGUAGCUGUCGAUAGAGAUGAUUUAAUGGGACAAUCUAUUCAUCACCCAAACGUGAAUGAACUAGAUGAAUAUGUAGAUAAUUAUGAUGACGGCCGUAAACCAAAUAAACAUGAGUACAGCGGCAACAAUGACAACAAGAUGGUACAGCAACUCAAUGACAAAGAUAGCUACCACAACAGUCUUGACGAGCAGCAAGACCAGCCUGGAAACAACAGCUUCAAAGCAAUAGAAACCAAUGCCUGUCCCACAGAUUUGGAAAAUUUGCAAUUUUCCGAAUUGAAAGAAAUCAUUAACAAUACACGUAUAAGACGGUGUACUGCAGAUCUGGAUUCUAUUGUAGUUAUCGGUCACGAUCUCAGCCUGUUCAAUAUUACGAGAUCAUUUUCUCUUAAUACUGGACAAACAUCUCCACGGGUUUCUAAUCAGAAUAAAUCGUUAAUAAUUCUCGAUCCUAAAAAAGAAAAAAUUUGGCUCGAGUUCAAAUUAGGUGGAAGAUGUACUGAAUCUAUAAAUAUAUUGAUAUCUGUUGACAAAAAAUUUAUAGCAAAAAAAAAGACGGAGGAGGAGGAGGAGAAGGAGGAGAAGGUGGAUGAUAGCGAGGAGAGAGACAAGGAAGUGGAAGAGGAGAAGAAUAACGAUGAGAAUGAGGAUGAUGAUGAAGAUGAUAAAGAUGAUAAAAUGGAAAGCGUGCUAUUACUUGCCUGCUAA